ACGUAGCGUAGUCAUUCGGGGUGGGGUGCAAAGCUGGGAAAUAAAAUAGCUGCAGGUACUUAAGUAUAAUAAAAUAGGAGUUCUGGGUUUUUCUUUUCCUUAUUUGGAAUUAGGUUGGUGAUGUAUAGUCAGCAUGAUUAAUUUUCCAAAAGGUCUCAAUUUCUUAUGUCAACAGUACUGCAACAUCAUACUCAGAAAUGUCAAAUUUGUAAACCCUAUUUUUUUGCAAUAGGUAAGUAACAACGCAGUACCUACCCACAAAAGAAAUUGGAAACAAUAAAUUUUUUAUCAUAAAACAAUUUUAUUGCAGUUAUAAAAAUCUUUGCUGUAUGGACAAAUACAGUAUUGUGAAUUAUUUAAAUGUUUAAAAUGUUUUUUGUAUUUUAUAUUAUGCCAUAUUUUUUGUUUGUAACUGACGCUAAGCACAGCACCCGUAAUAUGGGGGCACCUUGUUAUGGCCGCUCCGACUGUAUCCCCUACUCUGAAAAUCUUGACAAUGCAACUGUAUCCACAACUGUACGUAAUAACGCAACGCCAAAACGCUACAUAAAAGUUAAUGAUUUUAAAAGUCCAAUUUUCGGCGCUUACAAGUACGACCCGUUGCUCGGCGAUUUUGUAAUACCGCGUACCACCACGCUAGCGAGCGUUGACGAUGCCACAGAGAGGUCAGAUGUAGUAAUGAGGGCUGUAGAAGAAAAGUCCAAUGGUACUAAUAAGCCCAAAGGUACUAAUAAGCCCAAAGGUACUAAUAAGCCCAAAGGUACUAAUAAGCCCAAAGGUACUAAUAAGCCCAAAGGUACUAAUAAGCCCAAUCUCACUACAACCAAAGAAAAACCUAUAAAUCGUACAAAAGAAAGCAAGAAACUUAGAAGAAAUAUGAAUGCAGUAUUAGAAUGGUAA